AUACAUAAUAUAAUUUAAAUGUAUGCAGUAUGUACCUUACAUAGUAUUUUCGAGGUAAUUAAUGAAUGAAUAAUGGAAAGAGAAGAUCCAAUGCAUAUGAUGUGAUAUCUAUAGUGGGGUCCCGACCCUGUUUGUCUGCUAGCUACUUUCAAAUUUUACAUAUCACUAAACCCUAGAAAACUUCACUUCUCUCAUAUCUAUCUGUCUAUAUAUAUGUACCUCUAUAUAAACAUACAUAUGAUCUCUCAAGUGUUUUCUUCCUCUUCAUAUAUAUGAUCACCAUGGAUUUAGUUCAAUACUCAUCUGAACAUAUUUGCUAUGUCCGCUGCAACUUCUGCAACACCAUUCUUGCGGUGGAGAUUCCACGGAAGCAAAUGUUGGAAACAGUGACAGUGAAAUGCGGGCACUGCAGCAAUCUCUCCUUCCUCAGCACCAAACCGCCUCCACUCCACGAUCUUCAAACAACCCUUCGUCUUCACGGUUUGACCAGUCGUGAACAUAAGAAGGGGCAGUCUGCAACAUCUUCAUCUUCUUCUUCAUCCAUUAAUAAUAAUACAUCUAGCGACGAGACCUCUUUAUCCCUAAACACUACUACUACUACUACUACUCCAUUUGUUGUUAAACCUCCAGAGAAGAGGCACAGGCUUCCAUCAGCCUACAACAUCUUCAUGAAAGAGGAGAUACAGCGCAUCAAAGCAGCCAAUCCAGAGGUGCCACAUCGUGAGGCUUUUAGUGCUGCUGCCAAAAAUUGGUCUAGGUACAUUCCAAACACCCCACAAGGGCCUGUUUCCAGAUCCAGUAAUUAACAAUAAUGCUUAAUUGACAUGGGACAAGACUGAAGAAAAAGUGAGGUGCUGCCAAGAGAUCUAAUUCCUGGUUUAAUUACGGCAAAUUAAUUAGGAAAUAUAAUUAAUUACUUACUGUGAUUUUGUUCCUUAUGUAGUUUCAUUUAUCUGAGAUCAGACAUUAUUUAAUUAUAAAUAGUACUACUACUAUUAUGUUUCUUAUUAAGCCCAAAGCCUUCCUUUCAUUUAUUUCGGCCCAUUUUGGGUUUAAAUUAAGAAGCCCAAAAUAAAAUCGAUUAUAUUAUGGGGGAAUUGGGUUAAUUUUAUUUUAAGAUUAUGUAAUUUAACAUCCUGAAUUAUUGUGAGCAAUGUUUUG